GAAGAAAAAACAGGAAGUAACAUGGCAGCAAGCGUAAGUGUCAAACAUGGACUGUCGUUUGGCAAACACUCAUUGUUUUUCACUGUCCAAAGAAAAACACCUCCCGGCAGUGCGUGUGCUCAAAGAGCGGCAGAAAUUCGGAGUGUGAGAGCCGCAGCCAGCGCAACGGUUCAACAUAACGAGAAGUUCUGUUUGGAGCUGGUCAGGUCCAGGGACUACGAGGGCUUUGUGUGCUCCCUUCUGCUGCCAGAGGGGGCGCGCCGCUCCGCCCUGGCUUUGAGGGCCUUCAACGUGGAGCUAGCACAGGUGAAGGACUCUGUCUCACAGAAGAGCCUUGGUUUAAUGCGAAUGCAGUUUUGGAAGACAGCCAUAGAAGACAUCUACAGAGACAACCCCCCAAACCAGCCAGUCAGUAACGAGCUGUGGAAGGCAGUGAGGAGGCAUAAGCUGACAAAGAGAUGGUUGUUGAGGAUCAUAGCAGAGAGAGAAAAGGAUCUGGAUGACAGACCAUACAGAAACCUACAGGAGCUGGAGUCAUAUGCCGAGAACGCACAGUCGUCUCUGUUGUACCUGCUCCUGGAGUGUUUAGGGGUGAAAGACGUCCAUGCGGACCAUGCGGCGAGUCACAUCGGGAAGGCGCAUGGCAUUGUGACGUGUCUUAGAGCGACUCCUCAUUACAGCAGCCGGCGCAGAGUUUACUUGCCCAUGGACAUCUGCAUGCUGCACGGCGCUUCCCAGGAGGACUUCAUCCGCGGUAGCCGCGAGCAGAACGUCCGGGAUGUGGUGUAUGAUAUUGCCAGUCAGGCACACGUUCAUCUGCAGAAUGCGCGAUCGUUUGGGCGCAGCAUCCCGGCAGCUGCGACUGCGACCUUCCUCCACACGGGUUCACGAGGAAACAGUGAUGUCCGUGAUCCAAAGCACAUAUUUUAUAUUUGAAAAUCUCAUGGCACACCACCAAACAACAAUGGCAACAGGUGGAUACACAGGUUAAGUACCAUAUUUUACAAACUGUAAGUCAAUCCGGAGUAUAAAUCGAAUUAGUAAAAAAAAAAAAUGUCAUGAAGAGGAAAAAAAAAAACAAUCCUGAUCCAAAUCUUAGACCUAGAAUUUGCAUUUUGCACAUUUGGAUCUUAAUAAGGUUUUAAGUAGACCUACAAUAUGCAAAAGCAAGAAGGGGGAGUGAGACAAAAAACAUUUGGAACUUGUAAAACUGAAAUAGGUUGUUUAUCACCUGAUCGAAAGUUUAAGACCACAGGCUAUAAAAGGCAAAAUCUGCUCAAAAUUGUCAUUUUCUGUCAGGCAUUCACACUGUCAUGCCCUCCUGAUGGCAUGAAGAUAGAAGAUAGAAGAAGCUUUCUCUUUUUGAACGUGGUGGGAUUGUGGAGCUGCUUAAGCAAGGCCUCUCGCAGCGUGCCAUUGCUGCUGAGGUUGGGUGCAGUAAAUCAUAAGUAAGCCAUUCUACAUUUUUUUAAAGAUCCUGAGCAUUAUGGAACAAAAAAGUCAAGUGGUAGACCCCAAAAAAACUCACACCUGCGCUGAGCCGGAGGAUCCGAUUGGCUGUCCAUCAAGACGCAGGGCGGUCAUUGACCCAAAUUAAGGCCCUUACUGCUGCCGACUGCAGCGCAAUAACCAUCGGACAACAUCUGCGGGAAAAGGGUUAAAAAAACAAAAAAGGAAUUCAAAGACCUCGUCUCCUUCAACGCCACAAAACUGCCCCUUUAGACUUUGCCAAGGAGCAUCAAACAUGGGACAUUGAAAGGUGGAAAAAGUUUUAUUCUCUGAUGAGAAAAAAUGUAACCUUGACGGUCCAGAUGGCUUCCAACAUUACUGGCAUGACAAGGAGAUCCCACCUGAGAUGUUUCUUACCCAGCACAGUGGAGGGGGGUCCAUCAUGAUUUGGGGUGCUUUUUCAUUCAGUGGAACACUAGAGCUUUGGGUAGUGCGGGGUCGUCAAACGGCGGCUUACGUGCAGAUGUUGCAGCGGGCAUCCCUCAUGACUGAGGGCCGUGGUAACAGCUGGGUUUUUCAACAGGACAACGCUGCAGUUCACAAUGCUGGCUUGACCAAGGACUUCUUCAGGGAGAAUAACAUCACUCUUUUGGACCCUCCUGUAUGUUCCCCUUAUUUAAAUCCCAUAGAGAACAUUUGGGGAUGGAUGGCAAGGGAAGUUUAUAAAAAUGGCCAUCAGUUCCAGACAGUUGAUGCACUUCGUGAAGCCAUCUUCACCACUUGGAGCAAUGUUCCCACUAGCCUCCUGGAAACACUCGCAUCAAGCAUGCCCAAAGCAAUUUUUGAAAAGAACAGUGGAGAACAAGAAAUAAAGUGGAGCUACUACUGAGAGCCUUUUUUUUGUUCCGGUUUGGAGAGUUUUUUGUUAUGUUUUGAGCGAUGGUCUUAAACUUUUGAUCAGCUGAUAAACAGCCUAUUUCAAUUUAAUUGUUUUCAUUAAAUUACUUUUUGUCUCUCUCCCCAUUCUUGUUUUUGCAUAUUGUAGCUCUACUUAAAACCUCAUUAAGAUCCAAAUGUGCAAAAUGCAAAUUCUAGCAAUUUUUCAACUGGUCUUAAGAUUUGGCUCAGGUCCGUACAUCACUGUACUGUACACACUUAAACCAACACAACACC